AUGGCGCUCGUCGCCCAGGCCACCCCCACUCCCGAGCGCCGCCUCCUUCACAUGCCUCGCGAGGCUACCAGGCUCGCUGCCGAUCCCGAGACUGGCGUGAUCUACCUCUACGACAACCGCGGCAUCCACCUUGGUGCUAUGGAGGGCCAUGUCUUUGAGGCCAUCCAGAGCCGUGCCGGCGGUUGCGCUGACAUCAGCGCUAGCGAGGUGCAGCAGCUCCCUGGCUGGGACAAGCUCAAGAGCACGGCGAAUGAUAUGUGGGGAGACUACCAGCGCGAGAUCAAGACCAACAACCCCGAUUUCGCAGACAGGCCCGCUCGUGUUUGCGUUACGAACAACCAGGUCGACAUCACCAUCAACGGCGACCCUCAGUGCACUACUCAGUCCCAGUCCAGCGGCGGUGACUUCUCGGGGACCACCGGCACUGUGGCUCUGUCGCAGAUCGAGGGCACGGCCUACACGCUGUCUACCACGACCACCAAGCAAGCUUCUGUCGCAGUUGGCCUCGGCGCGGAUGUCAAGUUCGGCAUCCCUGAAGUCGCGGACGUGACCUUCAAGACUUCCCUCACCACGACUGUGACGAACACCCUUGGCACGACCGAGUCGACGACCGCCAACCAGCAGACCACGUCGACCGUCACCGUCAGCCAGAAGGAUGGUCAGACUUGCCAGCUCGAUUUCGAGACCAAGUCCUGCACGACGAAGGGCUCGGGCAGCCUGCCCUUCCUCGCCUCCGGCUGGGUCUGGUUCGUGUACAAGAACAAGACGAAGGACCACUGGAACUGGGCUCUGCUCAUGGAGGGCUACCUCGACGAGGGCGAGCGCUCCAUGUACAUGGACUUCGACUCCACGAUCGGCACGGAAACCAAGUCGCAGUACAACGUUGUGUGCCAGUAG